AUGGGCUUUUUUAUCCGCGAUCUCCAUCGACAAAUAGAACAACUUCAUACGGAACAAUUUAAUAAAACUGAACGAUCAAUAUUUACUGUGUAUCGCGGUCAAGGUUUGUCUAAGGCAGACUUUGUUCGAUUCAUGAACAAUAGAGGCGGACUUUUGUCUUUCAACAACUUCUUAUCGACGACUAUUAAUAGAGAAAUUUCUUUCGCUUUUGCUCACUCCAGUACAUUCGAUUCUAAUUUAGUUGGUAUUCUAUUUCAACUGAAAAUUGAUCCAUCUAUUUCAUCAGUCCCAUUUGCUAACUUAAUGCGGGUUGGCUAUUUUCAAGAAGAACAGGAAGUUCUUUUCUCGAUGCACACUGUUUUUCGAAUCAAUGAAAUCAGACAAAUUGAAAAUAAUUUAUGGGAAAUAAGUGUUAGCCUAACCAACGACAAUGAUGAGCAAUUGAAAGCGCUUACAGAACAUGUACGUCGUAAUUUUUCAAGUGGUACGGGUUUUCAACGGCUCGCUGCUUUCAUGCUUGAAAUUGGAGAAUACAGCAAAGCUAUAAAUAUUUAUGAGACAUUACUCAGAGAGACGCGUUCUAAUGAAGAUCAGCAAGCAAUUUCAGCAAUACACAAUCAAUUGGGAGCGAUCUACAGCCUGCAAGGAGAAACAGACAAAGCAAUUACUCAUUACUAUACGUCAUUAGAGAUGAAACUUACCCAUUUAUCUCCUAAUGAUCCUUCUCUUUCUGCUGUUUACAGUAAUAUUGGUGGUGUCCUAAGGAAUCAAAAUCAAUUAAAUGCAGCUUUAGAAUAUAUGGAACGUGCUCUCAACACCGAACUCCAAGCUCCACAAUCUGAUCCACUCAAAAUUGCUUCUUAUCACAACAAUAUUGGUCUCGUAUUUACUGAUAUGAUUAAAUACGAUGAUGCGUUAACACACUAUGAACAGGCGCUCGAAAUUCAACAGAAGUACUUGCCAUCGGUGCAUCCUGAACUUGCCACAUCAUACAACAACAUCGGUGCUAUUUAUAAUGAACUUCAAGAUUAUAGUAAAGCUUUGUCUUAUUACGAAAGAUCUCUGGACAUCAUGCAGCGAUCAUUGCCCCCCACACAUCCCGAUUUCGUUACACUUUAUAAUAAUCUUGGUGCUAUUCAUAAUGAACUCCAUGAUUAUAAUAACGCUUUGUCUUAUUACGAAAAAUCCCUGGACAUAAUACAACGAUCAUUAUCGCCCAAUCAUCCAUCUUUGUCUCUUGUUUAUCAUAAUCUGUCAUUAACAUUUUAUCGUUUACAUUUCUAUACAACAGCACUAACUUAUGGUGAAAAAGCCCUAGAAAUUUUUCAUCGUACAUUGGAGCCUGACCAUCCACAAUUGAUUGCAUGUCAACAGAGUCUUGAUGCUAUUCGCGCAAAAUUGUAA